AGCAGUAACCACAUGUGUGGGACUGAGGCAGGAGGAAUUUCCUGCAUAUGGGAGCACAGAGGAGCUGGCAGUAGCAGAUCAGGGAGGAGAAAUCAACUGCAUUCCAUAAUUCAACAGACUGACACACUUCCCAAAGGUCAUCGACAACAUAACACCUGAUUGUGUUGGAAGGAAAGCAGAAAAACAAAUGAAGGGCACUCACCUGUAUUCCAAAGGGCAGCGAGGGAGAAGAGGAUGAAUAAAGGAACACCUGCACCAACAGUCUCCAUGUUUUGUUCGGGUGAUUCAGGGCAGCUGACUGUGACAGCCUUUGUGCCAGAAGGAGAAAAGCCUUUUAUAGAAACACGUGUCCAGAAACGAUAGGGAUUCUCACUGUCCAAAGGUUUGUUGUAAACCACUGAUGCAAAACCAAGGAACUGCUCCUUUUCAGAGGUCAUCUCUCACUCGGGGAUUGAUGGAGAGAGCUGGGGGAGGCAGUCAGUAUAAUUGCUAUACAUUAUUUUAUUACUUCGUUUUCCAAAAAUAGGAGGAAAUACGUGCUUAUUUUCCAAGGUUCAGGACCAUGGGAUCAGUGGCACAGGGCAUUAUGUUUCAAUUUUACUGGAGGCACUGGAAAUGGUUAUCAGUAAGGGAAACCAUAAAGAAUAGAUGCUGACAGCACAGAUUUGCUCAGGAGGAGAUAUCAUGACGUGGGGAAAGCAUGUUUGCUGCCCGGUGUGUGCCAGCAUGGAUGUUAUGUAUGAGAGACAGGAGAAGAUACUGGAAGAAGCUCUUCGUGCUGCUUGCAGGCCUGGGAACAGUUCUUUCAUGGGCUUUGUAAGGAUGUUCAUCAGGAAUGAGGGAGGCCUGCUGCACGUACAGUGCCAGAAGGGCAGUGUUGGGGUCAGGGUAGCCGAGCAGUGCCACUGUUCCUAUUGAAACGUGCCGUUUUGUUGGCAUGAGAAUUGCAGCUGAGGUGUAGGAGUGCUUUCCACAGUCACAGCCCUCCAGGCCUUCCUGAGGAAGAUGGGAGCUGGGACAGCGUGUGGUUAUGGCCAAAAUUUAAGAUGAAUCUGGGUACAUCUACUGAAAAAAUGGCACAGUUUGGACCUCUGACCCACAUCCCUCUUUCUGUCACGGAGGGGCAGAACGAAGCCUACAGACUGGAGCACGAACAGGGAUGCAAGUGCAGUUAACGCUUCUUUGGCUGAUGACAGAGUGAGUUUGAGACAGCAGCGAUCCAAAUCCAUGCCUGGGUGUUCAGUGUGAGUAGGCUGCGCUGUGUGAACGAGCAGGAGCUGAAGGGAGGGAAGGAAGCGGACCACACAGCGCAGCACCGCCUGAACCGCCCCUCACACAGCUCUUCCCGCCAGGAGCCGCACGGCUCUCGCGGCCGCCCCCUGCUGAUGGAAGGCGGUACUGCACGCACCGGAGCGGCGCUACUUCCGCGUGUCCGCGCGCGUGCGUAGUAGCGCCUGGAGGACCUGGUACCAUAGAGCUUGGCGGACUGUCGGUGCAGAGCGGUAACAGAAGAGAUGCUUCUUCCGCAUCUGGGGGCGCCUGUGUAUUGCUGCCUGGAAGGCUGGUCGCUAUCGGUGGAUGCAGGCGGAGUGGAGGCGCAGAGCAGAAACCUGGAAGUAGUGCUUUUCGUUCCGUCUGGCAGCACUGCCUGCGAGUCCUCUUGGUCAGCGACGGGAAAGGAGGGGCGCGGUCAGUGCCCCCCGUGAGAAACGCUGCCCUGAGCAGCACCGGAGGAUCACAGAAUGGUUGGAGUCGGAAGGGACCCCCGAAGGCCGUCUGUUCGCACUGCCUGCAGUGCACAGGGACACCCACAGCUCCAGCAGUGCUCACAGCCCCAUCCCCUGACCGUGGCUGUCUGCAGGGAUGGGGCACCCCCACCUCUCUGGGCACCCCGUGCAGUGCCUCACCGCCCUCAGUGUGAACAACUUCCUUAUACCCAACCUAAAUCUCCCUCUUUCAGUUUGAAGCCAUCUCCCCUUGUCCCGUCACACAGAUCCUGCUAACCAAUCUGUCCCUUCUUUCUUACAGCCCCUUCAGAUACCGAAGGGCCGCUCUCGGCUCUCCCCGGAGCCUCCUCCUCUCCGUGCCGCACAGCCCUUCUCUCAGCCUGUCCUGGGGACGAGAGGGGACGUGGUACAGUAGCGCCCCGCUUGGAGCCCCACCUUAGCAGCAGCAUCAGCUAGAAGGGCUCCUCCAGCUCCUCACACCUUGCGCCCUCUGCAUUGGUCACCCAGCUCAGCUCAGCGAGGUGGUUGGGAUGGGGAUGUGCGCACAGCCAGGCGCCGGGGCACUGGAGCAGAACGAAAGGCUCUUGAUCCCCACGUCCAGCCGAGGGGCGGUGCGGUGCAGCCCGGCCCCCCCACCCCCCCCAGGGGACAGCCGGGCACUGCGGCAGCAUGCAGGGGCUGCUGCUGUGCGGGGGGUGGCUGCUGGCUGCUGGCUACGUGCUGGGUGGCUGCCGGCACCGCUGCUGCCCGGGCAGGAACAACGCCUGCUGGGCCACCGGUGCCCACCGCACUCGCUGCUACUGCGACUCGUACUGUGAGAGGACGGGUGACUGCUGCCAGGACUACCAGGCUGCGUGCCGCCGUGCUGCAGUGGGCUGUGCAGUGGGGCCGUGGGGGCCUUGGAGCAGCUGCAGCUCCCCAUGUGGGGUGGGCAGCAAAGACCGCAGCCGCCAGGUCACUGUGCCCCCCCGGCACGGCGGGGAGCCCUGCCCCGACCUCAAGCAGCGCCGUGGGUGCCUGGGGGAUGACCCGGCCUGUGGGGCUGCCAAAGGGGUGGCCAAACUGCUCCCCGAUUCCUUCAGCCCAGACAUCAGGGAUCCCUGGCGCAGAAGUGGGUUGCAGCGGUUAGAGGAGCCACCCAGCUCCCACCUCCCCAUCUCCUGCAGCUUUUUCCGCCUGACACAGGUGGCAGCUGCCUGUCGUGGGCAGCCCUGGAGCCGCCGGCUACAGCGGGACAGGCGGGUGUGCGUCGAGUGCUGGGGGGGCACGGCCCAUGGGCAUCCCCAGUGUGAUGGAUACGGGGUGCAAGGAGCCAGGACGUUUUGGGUGGCCACCUCCAUAGCAGGGUGCCAGGGCUCGUGGGUGCGGGAGGCUCUGCAGGAGGGCUGCGCCUGUCCCCCCCCAGCAUUCAUCUUCGUGUAGGUGAGCAGAGCCCAACCCCUUGAAGGGCAUCUCGGCUGCUUGGUGUGGUGUGAGGAGCGCAAUUAAA